AUGCCACUUCCUUCAGAUGCCAGCACAACAGAGGUUGGGCAACGUUCAGACUCUCCUAGAUCCUCGGAGCGUCCUGUUGAUGGAGACUCUGUAGAGCAACUAUGCGAUUCCACUAUCGGGCCCGAAUCCUCAGCGUCUGUUAGUGGUGAGACAUGCUCGAAAGUGGACAGUAGUGAGUUCUUCUGCACGCAUCCUCAUACUCAUCGUGCCGUUCUAAUCCCAGCACACCCAGGCGCAGAGGGCCCUUACGAUAACUGCCGGUUUCGUGAUGGCAGAAACGAAAAGUCCAUCCAUCACGGCGGUGUCGCAGAGCUGGCGGGUAUGUUCGAUCGAUGGUCCAACUGGAAGUCUUACAGAGCUUUCGGCUGGGAGAAUUGGCACCUACUGGUUGACAGCCAGUAUAGGAUCAGCUAUCUCUCAGAGGAGCUCCGUGAAUACUACAAGGAGCAUCCCGAGGAAGCAAGGGGCCCGACUGCGAACCACAAACGACCGGCUGGACAACCCCUGAUGGAGGACAAGCUCGAGACCAUCAAGGCAGACUUAAGGAAGGAAUUAGACGACUACCGUAAGAAAAUACAAGAUACCCGGAAAACCACGACUGCCCUGGUUACCUAUGCGGUAGCUAACCAUUGCAAACCAGUCAAGCGUUGUGCCUACGUCAAGGCAAACGAACAGCAGUAUGCUACGCACCCUGAACAGUGGAGGAUAAAAAACGAAUGGAUGACCGACAACAAGAACCUCGACCCUGAGGCUGGCAUCAUCCUUCGAACACCCGAGGACUUGAUCAGCCUAGCCGACCCGCCCCCUUACUGGGUCAUCCAGACGUCAGCCGACAUCAGCAGACGAUAUAACCAAUGGUUCAAGCCCGGUUCACAGUCUAAGGACAACUACAUCCCCAUUCCCUUCAUGACAUUCAUCUUCAAGACCAUCCACGUCAUCGCCGCUGCUCUACUGCUCCUUGUCCCAGCUGGAAUACUAUACCUCGCUGAGUUGGACAAGGGGCAGGUCUUCGCCAUCAUUGGCGUGUCCACCGUCGUCUUUUGCGCCACGGUAAGUGCAAAGACUCGACUGGAUACGACAACGACUGCGUUGGCAGGGUGUGCCUACCUGGCCUUUUGCGGUGCCUUUGCUGUUGCGACGGGAAAUAUAUCACUAUGA